AUGAGAGAAGAAGAAAACCACGUAGGCCUGAGAGAAGAAGAAAGCCCUGAGGCAAAAAACGCCCUCUGCCUUCAAUCAACCACAGCAAAACAGAGGCUGAAUGCUGAGAAUCAGAGUUCCAUUGAAACAACAGAAACACCAAGUAACACCCAACAACAAGAUGCAACUCCUUCUAAAACCAGUAUAUUAUCCCCAAUAUUACUUACAAUUCCAGUGAACAUCUCGCAGUCUCAAGGCACUAAGAAUGGAACAAAUGAAAGCUCUUCAGCAACCAAUCCCUCUUAUUCUAGUAUUAUUUUGCCGGUGGUUAUUGCUUUAAUUGUAAUAACAUUUUCAGUAUUUGUUCUGGUGGGUUUGUAUCGAAUGUGCUGGAAGACAGACCCAGGCACACCAGAAAAUGGGAAUGAUCAACCUCAGUCUGAUAAAGAGAGCGUGAAGCUUCUCACUGUGAAGACAAUUUCUCAUGAGUCUGGUGAACAUACUGCGCAAGGAAAAAGCAAGAACUGACAGCUUGAUGAAUCCUCCCCACACCUAGGCAAUAAAUAUAGACUACGGGCAGGUUGAGGAGUGAAGGGAGUCUCAGACCAAUGAAGAACUGAGAUGCUGGAAAGUCUAGGUGCUUGUAUGAAAUCCCAUCCCACAAACACUUGGCAAUGUGGAAUGUUAGCUAUUUCUAUUUUCCCUCACAUUCAAUUCCCUGUACCUCUGUAAUUUUCUAAAUGGUACCCUGAUCAUCUAAUUUAAGAGCACCUUUGUGAAUUUCCAGAAGAGCUUCACAUGUUUGUCAAUUAUUUUUCUUUCAUUUUUAAAUGUACUAACAGGGGCUAAAAGGAAAAUAUUGUAAAUAAAGGAGAUUUACAAUUGUC